GCGCUCAAAAUUUAAAAAAAAAAAAGGCCUAAAUUCAGCUUUCUCCCGCCAACUUCGUCAUUUGUCCUUUUCAUCGUGCAUUUCUCAUUUUAUUUUUCCAUUAAAAAAUAUAUGAUGAGCAGCACUUAGUUCUCCAUUUUCCACAGCAUUAGAAAUCAAGUAAAGGAAAUCCAAUAAUCCGUUAAGCCACCCAGUUUUGGUGCCAAUAUGGACCUAUCAGAUAUAGCGAGAAAGCUUGGUCUCUCAGAGCACAAGUUGCUGGUCCGAAAGGCAGCGGAGCUCCGCCGCCUCUGCGAUGUCCAGUUCGAUUCUUCCAUUAUCGGUGUCGGAGAGGUUUGUAAAGCUGUAAUAUGCUUAGAAAUUGCUGCUACAAGGUUUGGGGAGGUUAUUUUUGAUCGGCAGAAAGCUGUCAAGUUAAGUGGAAUGUCAGAAAAGGCUUACAAUAGAUCUUUCAAUUCCUUGCAGAAUGGUCUAAAUAUCAAAACAAAGCUGGAUAUUAGGGAAUUGGGGAUUCAAUUUGGAUGUGUUAGGCUCAUACCUUUUGUGAAGAAGGGCUUAUCUCUCUACAAGGAUCGGUUUUUGGCAUCACUGCCUUCUUCCAGGCAGGCCAGUGCAGACUUCACCAGGCCAGUGUUUACUGCUGUGGCAUUUUACUUAUGCGCUAAAAAACACAAGCUUAAGAUUGACAAGGUUAGGUUGAUUGAAGUUUGUGGCACCUCUGAAUCUGAGUUUUCUUGUGUCUCCACCUCCAUGAAAGAUCUGUGUCAUGAUGUUUUUGGGAUCUCAAGUGAGAAAAAAGAUCCCAAGGAAGUGAAAGGAAACCGAGAACUGCUAGACGUGUUACCUGAAAAAAGAAAAUUUGAUGAUGGUGGUUAUUUAUCUGAUGAAGGACCAGAGCUUUCAAGUUACAAGCGAGCAAAGAAAAUGGAGAAAGCUGGUUAUGAAGAGUGGAAAUCAUCUGUUCUAUCAUCUAACAAAAAAAGCACAAAAGCUCUUUGCAAGCGCACCACUCAAACCAGUCUUGACUUUCUCAAGGAAGUGUCAGAGGCAAAGGAGUUAAAAGCUGCAUAGAAGAAUAGAAUACAUGUAGUUAUAAGUUUGAAAAGGAAAAGAAAAAUCUAGAAAAGGAGUAAAGAAAUUAGCCAUGCAAGUUUUGUACAUGACAUUGAAAUGUUUAUAUCUUGAAUUGUCUAAUGACUAGCCUUAUUAUCGUUAGUAAUAGUUCUAAAA